AUGCGCGUGAUGGCAACUGCCGGAUUUGUUGGAUUCCCAAAUGUUGGAAAAUCUACACUUCUCAGAGCAAUUUCCCGUGCCAAACCUAAAGUGGCUGCUUAUCCCUUUACAACACUUAAACCUAGCGUCGGAAUGGUUGAAUAUUCGGAUUAUUUUCAAGUCGCUGUUGCCGACAUACCCGGCUUAGUGAAAGGAGCUCAUAGGAAUGAAGGUCUGGGUUUCAGUUUUUUGAGGCAUAUUCUUCGUUGUGAAUGCAUCCUUUACGUCAUUGAUUGUUCCCAAAAUGAUUUGCAAAAUCAAUGGCUUUCAUUGAGAAGAGAAUUGGAAUUGUAUGAUGCUGAUCUAAAUAAAAAGGAAACUGCAAUUGUUUUUAACAAAAUUGAUACAUUGAAUAAUAGGAUAGAAUUUGAGAAGAAAGCCGCAAAAAUGUACGCCGGUCAGCGGCUAUUUUUUAUUUCGGGAAAGUAUAGACUAGAUCUUCAACCUUUAUUGAUGUAUUUACGUGAAAAACAUGAAAGAUUUUUAAUUGAAAGAAAAGCCCUAUUGAAGAAAGAGGAGGAACAGAUGAUGAUGUGA